AUGGAAACUAAAAGAACAGAUACUGGUGAAAAAUUAGAUCUUUUACAAAAUAAAAUCAAUAGAAGAGAUUUAUUAAAUAUAAAUAAUGAUUAUAAUAUAAGUUCAAGUGAUAAUGAAGAACCAGAUACUCCAAAAUCAACAAUUUCAGUAUCAUCAGGAAGUAAUAUUAUAGAUCCAUCAGAUUUACAAGAUAUAAAACCAAUUAAUGGAUUUCCUAUUGGAUUAAGAAAUAAAACUUCAUCAUUUUCAUCUUCAUCAUCAUCUUCAUAUUUUAAAAAUUUGUCAAAUACAAAUAAUUCAUUUGAUUCUGAUUCUAUACCGACAACUCCAUUAAAUGAUGUUGAUGAAAAUAAUUAUAGUAAUGAAUUUAUUAUAAAAAAUGAUUUAAAAUCGAGAAAACAACAUAAUAAAGAAAAACCAUCAUCAAAAUUAAGAUCAAGUACUAUAAGUUCUGAUUUUUCUGAUUCCGAUAUAACUUUAGAUAAUUUAGUUAAAUAUGUUUCAUCACAAGAUGAUUUAAGAACGAUAAAGCAUAAGAAACCGAAAGAACAUCAUCAUAAGCAUAAACACGAGCAUGAACAUGAGCAUGAUCGUGAACAUGAUCGACGUGAAGAAAAUGAACGAAAACAUGAACAUGAAAAAGAAAGAGAAAACAAAGAAGAAGAUAGACUUCAAGAAUUUAAUAAGUCCAAUGAAAAUCAUUUAAAAGAUCAACAAAUAGCCAAAUUACAAACAAAUAAAAUUAAAAAAAAUUUUCAAAAUGAUAAAUAUAGAUUAAGAUUUAGUGAUUUAUCUUUCAAACCACAAAGUACAACAAUAUUUGAUUCAAAUUCAUUUUUGAAUUCUGAAUUUUUUGGAAUUUAUGUGCUAUUUUGGUUAGCUACAUUAUUUGUAAUGAUAAAUAAUUUAAUUCAUAUGUAUUUUGAAGGUGCCAAACCCAUUUGGAAUUGGGAUAUUAUAUUAAUUUUAAAAAAAGAUUUAAUUAAAGUUGCUAUAACUGAUGGAAUAAUGUACUUAAUGUCAUUUUUCCCAUUUUUACUACAAUUUUUAAAUUUAAAAAAAUUAUUAAGUUGGAAUAAAUUUGGUUGGAUAAUUUUUACAAUUUAUGAAACUGGAUUUUUUUUUGUAUUUUUAUGGUUUUCUCAUUAUAUGGAAUUUCCAUGGAUUGCAAGAGUAUUUUUAGCAUUACAUUCAUUAGUAUUUGUAAUGAAAAUGCAUUCUUAUUCAUUUUAUAAUGGUUAUUUAUGGAGUAUAUUAAAUGAAGGAUUAUUUUCAGAAAAUUAUUUAUUAAAAUUAAAUAAUAAUGAAGUUAAAUUACCUGAAGGUCAUGAAUUACAAAAGACAAUUGAAAUUUUAAAAACAAGUAUUGAAUUUACAAAAUUAGAAUUAGAAUAUCAAUCAAGAGCUAUAUCAAAUAAACCAGAACAAGAUCAACAUAAAUCUGAUGAAUCAAGAUUAGAUUUAGAUUUUAAGGAUUUACAAAAUUCAAAUAUUAUAAAAUUUCCUUCAAAUAUUAAUUUUUAUAAUUAUUUUGAAUAUAGUAUGUUUCCAACAUUAGUUUAUACAAUAAAUUAUCCAAGAACUUCAAAAAUAAGAUGGUUAUAUGUAUUUUCAAAGACAUGUGCAGUAUUUGGAUUAAUAUUUUUAAUGAUUUUAAUAGCUCAAAACAAUAUGUUCCCCAUAUUUUAUAGAACUCAAACUAUAAAAAAAUUACCAAUAAAUGAAAGAAUUCCUCAAUAUUUUUUUGUUUUAUUAGAUAUGAUACCACCAUUCUUAAUGGAAUAUUUAUUUACAUUCUUUUUAAUUUGGGAUUCUAUUUUAAAUGUAUUAGCUGAAUUAACAUUAUUUGCAGAUAGAGAAUUUUAUGGUCCAUGGUGGUCAUGUACAGAUUUUAGUGAUUUUGCAAGAUUAUGGAAUAAACCAGUACAUAAUUUUUUAUUAAGACAUGUUUAUCAUUCAAGUAUUAGUGCAUUAAAAGUAAACAAGAUUCAAGCUGCAAUGUUAACAUUUAUAAUUUCAAGUAUUGUUCAUGAAUUAGUUAUGUAUGUUAUAUUUGGUACAUUAAGAGGUUAUUUAUUAUUAUUUCAAAUGUCACAAAUUCCUCUUAUAAUGAUGAGUAGAACAAAAUUUAUGAGAAAUAAAAAAGUAUUGGGAAAUAUUAUUUGUUGGUUUGGAUUUAUAAGUGGUCCAAGUAUUAUAUGUACAUUAUAUUUAAUUUUUUAA